CACAUCCACAUCCACAUCCACAUCUACCACAUUCACCACAUUCACAACCCACCGAUUGGGCCGAUGCACGCAGUGCUGAUGCAACUGCGGGACAGCGGACUGCGUCCAUCGCAUGCCAUGGCAUCCCAUCUUGUUCGCAACUGCUCCGCAGACGACGUCAUCUUUGUCGAAACGUGCCUGAGUCAAUUGCAAGAGGCCAGUCUGCGGCCAUCGCUCAAACUCCUGAACACUUUGCUCGGGUUCUAUAUCCAGCGACAAGAUCAAGAGGCAGUCUCACGAACAUAUGCCAGGAUCAUGGCCCUUUACCCAGCCGAAUCGUCACCACGGGACUCCAAGGUCGGGGUCCGGCGCCAUCGGCGGGGCCCCAACGCCGACACCGCUGCAUUACUGUUUUCCAAUGGCACCACCCUGUCGUAUAUCAGCGAAUGCUACAAGGCCAUCCAGGCAUGGAAGAACAACACAUUGUCGUCAGAACGGGCACAGACAGGGCUGUUUCAGGCCCUGGACAAGAUUGCACCGAUCCAGUCCAAGGCCUCGGUUGCCCUGGAGUGGAUGAACCGUCUCGAGCAAGAUGGAUACCGGCCGACCCGGGGUGCUCUCGAUGCCGUUGUGACCUCGUUUCUUCGGCAAGGCCGCAUCGCCGAUGCCUUUCGUCUGAUCGCUCGGCUAAGGCAGCUGCGAGCCCACCAAACAUCAAGCGCGGUCACCACUCAGCUCCUGCAGGCCGUGGGCGUCCCUCGGGCAGGCGGUCAAGCCGCGGGCUCCGAGGCCAUCUGGCAGCAGCUGCACCACCAUGUCGAGCAGCAAAAGCCGCUGUCCGCCAAGAUGUUCAGGAGCAUCGUCAGCGCCAUGGGUCGGACCGGAGAGGUUCGAGGGCUGUGGUUCCUAUUCAAUCUGCUUGGUCGCAAGGCUGGCACGUACGAGUCCCGGACGCUUGUCGAAUCAGGCCCUGCGUCCCGAGGCGACUUUGGCUCGAUCGCCCUCAGUUCCGGUCCUCUCGAUCCGCGCCCCACGCACCCGUCCCCGGAAGACCUUUCCCACAACCGAGUGCUGGUCGCCUCGGUUGACCCCGAGAGCGGAUCGGUCCUGCACCACUUGCUGUGCUCGAUGGGCAAGAUCCGGCACGGCAGCACCGAUGAGACGAUUGCGCUUUUCCGGGCGCUGCCGGCGACGCAUCAAAGGCCGCUUUCAUAUUCGUUGCUGCGCAGCAUCCGUCGGCGCAAGACACAGCACCAGUCGUUCAUCGACAUUGUCUCGACCUGGUUUCAGCAAGGCACCGUCGAGCUUGAGCCCAAGAAGCUUGCGCAAGAGCUUGAGGAUAUGGUCCGCAGAAUCUUGAAGCAUGAGGCCGACCCAGCGUCACCACAGCAGGCGUCACGCAGCAUGUCGCACAGCACGCCUGCGGGGCUGUCCAAGAUCCACGCCUGGAACAAGUCCUGGGAGAACGACGACUCGAUGAUCGAGGCUGUUCAGAGGGCCUCGACGGCGGCACUCGCCAAGGUGGUAUGCGAAAACCUGCGGCGUGUACGCAGCGGUGAGGAUGUUGCGUACGCUCUUGAGGAGCUGCAGAGCUGCCGGCUCUUCCACGCAUAACCGGCAAGUUGCUGUUUGAAUCGGCGAAACAAAGGCUGUGUCUUGCAAUACAUCCCCCCUCACCUGCCUCCG